AUGUCCAAGUCCACACAUGAUCCUGAGACCGUGAGUGGUAACAUGGUUUUAGAGGAUAUAACUCUACUUAGAAAACAACUGACAGAUCAAAGCAUAGAAUUGGCUUCGCAGAGAAAAAAAAUAGAAAAGCUAGAAAACAUAGUCAUGAAAUUGGUGGAGAACGAUGGUAUGAACCUUAAGAACAUAGAUGAAAAUACUGAUACCAAGCUUGAAAUAAGAGACAACAGAUCUAAUUGGUCUGCUUCUUAUCAGAAUUCGAGUUUUGAAGAUGUAAUUGAAAACGACACCUUGAAUAGAGAUGUUGAUGGUGAAGAAAGUUUCAGGCAAAAAAGGCUUGCAAAUUCAGGUGCCCAAGUGGGAUUUACAGCCUUUUUGCACAGUUCGAUAUUGGUAUCUUCAGGAAAUGCUAUAAUUUUUAAUUACGUGAUGUCGAAUGUUGGUUCAGCGUACAGUGAAUAUAAUGGUAUUUUCAUUACAAGACAACCAGGGUUGUAUGCUUUCUAUAUUGACAUCGAAUGCGCACCGCAUACUAAAGACGUUUAUAUUGAAAUUGUAAAAGACGGUACGCAAAUUGCAGACACAUAUUGCCGAGGAGAUGAUUUGCACGACAACAGUGGAACUAUGUCUGUUGUCCAUCUAAACAUUGGCGAUUCUGUAUGGGUCCGUCCUUAUAUGACCACUGAGACCAUUGCUCUAGGUGCAAAAUCAUCCUUUUCUGAAUUUUUAACUGGACAUGCAUGA